AUGGCUCCCACUUUUCUUCGCCUGCUGGUCCUGGCCUUGGCGCUGUCCCAGGGGAGCUGCACGGAAGCCCAGCUGGAUGAACUGAUCAGACUGCACACUUUCACACAUGGGCUGGCCAACUUUAGCAACUAUGGCUGUCAUUGUGGCCCUGGCACCCAGGGUGCCCCCAUGGACAAGAUUGACAAGUGUUGUCACAGUCAUGACUGCUGUUACAAUAAAGCAGAGGUGUUUGGCUGCACCCCUGGCUCUCACACCUACAGAUACCUUAACCUGGGGACCAAGGUGAAGUGUGUGAAGACUCGGGACCGCUGUGAGAAAAUGGCGUGUGAGUGUGAUAACAAGAUGGCCAAAUGUUUCCGAAAAUACCUGCCCAUGUACAACCCUCGACUCCAGAGCUUCCCAGAAGCCCCCUGCUAUGGUCCCCGGCCCUUCUGCUGA